AUGGACCAUCAGGGAUUUCAUUACAGAUGCACAAAAACUAUUGGCGGAGGAAAACGUUAUUAUGUUUGUGCCACGCCAAAUGUGUAUUGUAAAGGUACUGCAAUCCAAUUAGAAAAUGGCACAAUCAUUAUUAAAAAACCACAUAGUCAUCUGGGAAAUAGUGAAGCAUUUAAUUGCAUGAAAGUUAAAAAAAAUUUUAGAGGUGUUUUAGUGGACAGAGCCAAGUCAGAAACCAAAUCAUUAAUAGAGAUAUACAACGAAGAAGCUAUAAGAAAUCCUCAAGCUGCAGUGGGUUAUGCUUGGCCUACUGCAGAAGCUUCAAUGCGUCAAGCUCGAAGGCAAAUCGUUCCACCUUUACCACAUACUGUGCGCGAACUAGGGGAAUAUCUGGACCUGAAUAAUAACAGAUACAUAUGUAACAACUCUCUUUUAUAUCAAGGAUGGAUUAAUGAUAGUAAUGACAAUUACAAUAUAAUGUUUGCAUGUCAAGAUUUAAUAAAUGCUGUAGUCCAUCAAGGUGCAACUGAAAUGCAUGCAGAUGGAACAUUUAAAGUGGUACCUUCUAUGCCUCAUUGUCGUCAGCUGUUUAUAAUUCAUCUAAUCCUACAAAAUCAUUCCAUUCCUGUUUGCUUUGUGUUGAUGCAAAGUAAAACUGAGGCUUCGUACAAUGCAGUAUUGGAGAAAUUUAAGACAAAAUUUCCGAACGUGAGGCCAACAUUAGUAAUGAUAGAUUAUGAAACUGGCCUACGAAAUUCAUUUUUAAAUGUGUAUCCAGAAGCUGUCGUGUCAUCGUGUUGGUUCCACUAUGUUCAGAGCUUACAAAAAAAUGUGAAAAAAUUGGGCUACACUAACUAUGUGAAAGAAAACUUAGCAGCUAAAAUGUGUGUGAAAAUGACUGCAGCAUUGGCGUUAUUACCACAUAAUUUGAUUGAAAGAGGUUUUCAAGACAUUAAGACAUAUGCUCAAGAUCACCAAAUACAAUUGUCUAGAUUCUUUACAUAUUUUGCCAGCUUUUGGAUUGCUAGGAAAACACCAGAAUGUUUUUCGGUUCACGGACAAUCCCGUCGUACGAACAACAACAUAGAAAGUUUCCAUUCCACCCUAAAACAGAACUUCCAAGUGAUGUACCCAAACUUGUUUACAUUUUUAGAGCAUCUAAAGAAAAUCACAAUGAAACAACAUAUCAUUGUUGACCAACUGGGUCAAGGCUUGGCAAACUCCACAGCUCUUCUUUCAACAGGUGCGAUUACAACAAAAGAAUUCUUGCUCCAAUGCUCUCACACUACAGACCGAUACUUAGAAAGAGAAUUAAGUUGGGAAGAUGAACAUUUGAGUUCUGAAGAAGAGGUACAGGGACCAAAUUUUCCAAUAAUAGCUUCUCCAAAUAGAAUGAAUAUGAAUGCCAAUUAUGAUAUUGCGAUCGAGAACAUCUUGGAACCAGAAGUCAAUUUAUUUGAGAGAGAUGAGGUGACUAAUGAUCCGGUACCAGCUGCUAUUAUACCGGCAUUAGUAAACCAUCCAGCAGCUGAAAUUAAUCCACCAAACAAUUUAGAGGAAGAGUAUGACAGCAGCGAUUUUGAAAUACCAGAAGAUGCAGAAAUGCACAUGUGGCAAAACUUUCGAGAUUCUGAUGAAUAUCAAGAUAUUAUACCUUUUGUACGAGUGCCUAGAAAUCUCCAUGAACUAUAUCCACAAACAGCUUAUGAAGAAGACAUUUGUAUUGUGUGUAGGGUGGCUCCAAGAACACAUGCUAUUAUACCAUGCGGGCAUAAAGUGUUGUGCAUCGACUGCCUAACACAGCUAGAAGUACGGAUAUGCCCAGUAUGCAAUAGUAAUAUUGACAAUGCAUUACGUGUAUGGCAGUAA